AUGGUCUUCCGGCCGGACGUCUUUUCAAAUGUUGCCGCAAAGGAGGAGCACGUGAGGAGAGGGCAACUCGUGGACGUGUGCUUAGACACGCCUCUGUGCAAUGGACACACCACUGGAAUGGAUGUGCUGUGGGCCGGAACCCCAAUGGUUACCCUACCCAGCGAUACACUAGCCUCCAGAGUAGCCUCAUCUCAGUUGACGUGUUUGGGUGUUCCCGAACUCAUAGCUAAGUCUUUCGAAGACUAUGAGAAUAUCGCCGUCAGAUUAGGCACUGACAGACAAUAUCUGAAAGCGAUUCGAGCGAAGGUAUGGUGCAAUCGCGUCGAAUCUCCACUCUUUAACGUCAGGACCUAUACCUCAAACUUAGAGAAACUCUUCUACAAGAUGUGGGAACAAUACUCCGAGAACGACACACUCGACCACCCAAUGAGUGGAGAGUGGAGUACACGUGACACUAGACUCCUCCCAUUUGUUGACCGAAAAUGUGUUCACUUGUGUGGAUGUGAUCUGAAGAGUGAAGAUAUGUAUAAACAAGUGAUAGGACGACAACAUCACCGGCUUUUGCACAACCAUACCAUCAAACACUGCAACCAAUUGAGACAUUUGUCGGACACGAAGGAUGAGUCGACAGAAGGGAUCGCCUCGUGGUUCACAUCGACAGAAGUGGGCGAACAGGAGGAGCGAGUGGCCAAACGUCCGGUCAAUUAUCUUCCCGACCAUUUGCCUCAACUCAGGAAACGGAUCCGUCAGAAUCUAAAUUAUCCAAUGAGUGGAGAGUGGAGUACACGUGACACUAAACUCCUCCCAUUUGUUGACCGAAAAUGUGUUCAUCACUUGUGUGGAUGUGAUCUGAAGAGUGAAGAGAUGUAUAAACAAGUGAUAGGACGACAACAUCACCGGCUUCUGCACAACCAUACCAUCAAACACUGCAACCAAUUGAGACAUUUGUCGGACACGAAGGAUGAAUCGACAGAAGGGAUCGCCUCGUGGUUCACAUCGACAGAAGUGGGCGAACAGGAGGAGCGAGUGGCCAAACGUCCGGUCAAUUAUCUUCCCGACCAUUUGCCUCAACUCAGGAAACGGAUCCGUCAGAAGCCGUGGUGGAGAACUCAUCUGAUCUCUGGUCACAUGCCCUCCGCUUACGACCAAAUGGAUGUCAACCACAUUCUCGACCAACGCUUAAAGCAGUCAAUACUUGACUCAAUUUGUUUGCAUUUGUUUGAAACCAACCAAAGAAGUCCUUCCAUUGAGUUCAAGACUUCAGUCAUUCCUUCGUUGGGUUUCAUGAACUCUGCUCUUCGUGUGGAGUGCGCUAAACAGGAGGACGUCAUGGAAGACAUCAUAGGAAUUGUUCGCAAAGCUCUUCACUCAGAACACCAACACUUAUCAAGUCUUCAGGCCAUUCCUCUCGAUGAUGACAUUUGUCUGAAGUCACAAAUUGGCGAAUAUAAGUAUCGGUUACUGAAUUUGGGGUAUAAUAUUAGGAGACAUUCAUUGUCCACUUUGCCCGGAUUCUGGAGCGACUGUUCCAAUGGAUUUGAUUUCCCGAAUCUGAUCUGUCAUUCGCGACAUAACUUGAAAGUAAGAGAAUUAAGAAACGGCAGAUCGUAUGACGACGACCAGCAAGUGUUGGAUGGAAUGGCCAUCUCAUCAUCGUUUGCAUGGCUUCACAGUUUGGCAUCAAAUCUUGGAUUUUCUAUUUUCCAUGAACUCACGUACCCUUUGGUCACUCACGCGAUCAUAACGGACGGCCAGUUCUGGUCAUUCUAUGUCUAUCAACUCAAUACACACUGUUUUCAUAGCGAUGUCGACAAUAAUUUACUGCGAAAUGUGUGCUGGAGUUCAGGCGAACUCAAGCUCUUCGACAGCUAUGAAAACGGACGCCUUAUUGGUGUUAACGAUGAGGUCAUCAAACUGUUGAUCAAAUUUAUGGCUCGAGAGCCACAACUCAGUGAUGGUUGUGUUCUUCGGCCGUAUUUGAGUGAAGACCUCAGGAGUAAAGAAGACAAACAAGAGUUGAGUUAUUCUCUGAGGAGACGAUACCACAAUUGGACGGAUCCCUACGUGAAGACCCGACAAAAAGUGCAUUUAUGGGAAAAGAUAUACAAAUACCAUAAGGAGGCGUCGCCCUUACCUCACAUCAGGACGCGACCCAAAAUCACAAUCCAGUUCCUGCUCCGUCUUAGCACCCGAUACAUCGCUAUGAGUGCCCAAAACCAGACACGGCUUACCCCUUAA